AUAUUCCCUCCACUAAUGAAACCGAAGUGAAGACAUAGACGAACCCUCAGAUUAUUAAGUUAAAUACGUAACUUAUAAUAUGGAUUCAUAAUGGCAUAGACAAACAACAGACUAGAAGCUUGUGAGGGGAGCUUCCCUGUGGCUACGUGACUGCAGCAACAAAGCGGCGGUUUAGGAGAGUCACGAGGACUGUCUUCCCGCCUCCAGGUCACGUUGGUCGUCCGAGCGGGAGCAGUGAGGGCGGGAGGUGCUACUGACGGGCAGGGCUCUGGACCGCUGCUUCGAUACACUCACCACGCCCGCGAUCUGUGUUGUUUUGUGAUUCCCUCGCGUCAUAACAUGGAAUAACAGCGACUCUCUCAUCCCAGCAAGACUGACGGACUUUCCGAUCGUUCCCGUCUGUCACCUCCGUUGUAGCGUGGAGGCGGCGUCCAUUGUGAGGGCCGCCACGCUGGGAACAUGGCCGAGAACAAGAAACUUACCGCCAAGAAAGCUGGUAGAGGUGGCGGGGCGUACGGCGCUGUCCUCGGUCUGCAAACCCCUGUGUACUGUGACGACACACUGGGGCUGAUCGAGGCCGGGCCGGGUGAAGUGGAAGGCGGCAGCGGGUAUCAGAGCAGCAGCAGCGCGCGGGACUACAGCUGGAGCUCCCAACACAGCCGAAGCUCCGGUGGAAAACGAAGCUUCGACUCCACGUACGAGGCGGAGUUCGGCAGCGGUCACCACAAAGGGAGCCGCACGUCCUCCAGCUCGCAGCACACCAGCCGCUCUGCCAGUAACAGGAGCUCCGUGGCGAGUUACAAGAUUACCACUAAAGAGGGCACUUACGACCUAUGGCGAGGACACACCCGUAGAGGAAGUGUCUCCAGCACAGACAGCGGCAGCAGUGACGAGGUGUACAGCAGGACCAGCUCUUCCUCCUCAUCCACACACUGCCACGACAUCGUCACUGAGGCGCCAGAGGAUAAGCUGCCCCUCGUCAAGCUCUCCGUGGCCGCCUUCCUCUCCCUUCUCUUCACGCUGUUGGAGUAUGUCGGCGGCUACUACUCCUCCAGUUUAGCGGUUCUGUCCAGCGCCGGGCACCUUAUGAGUGACUUCUGUGGGUUCGUUGUGUCCCUGGCUGCAAUGUGGCUGGUCAGGCGUCCCCCUUCCACCACCAUGAACUUUGGAUACUAUAGGGCAGAGGUGUUGGGUUCCGUGGCAAGCGUCCUUGUGGUGUGGGUGGUGACAGGGCUGCUAGUGGGGGCGGCUGUACAGCGUCUUCUCAACCAGCCUUUCACCCUUGACCCAGAUGUGAUGCUUCUCAUGGCCUCUGUAGCGAUCGCCGUCAAUAUCUCCAUCGCCCUUAUCCUGCACGGCUGCGGCUGCCACGGUUACUUCCACGGAGCUCAGAAGUCAACGAAAAGCAAGAGUCUCAAUAUGCGAGCCGCCCUAGUGCACUUCGUAGCCGAUAUCCUGCAGACUCUCGCUGUCCUCGUGGCUGCUAUCAUUGUUAAAAUAUGGCCUCAGUAUCAAAUAGCUGACCCGAUCCUGACCUUCGUGUUCGGGUUCAUCGUGGUGGUGACAACGCUGCCUAUCAUUCGGGAACUGGCGCACAUUCUGAUGCAGGGCGCUCCGAGGAACGUUAAUUACCUCACCCUUCUGAACGACCUAGAGGGCCUGCCUGGGGUCCGAACCGUGCACAACCUUCACAUCUGGUCACUCACACUCGAUAAGAACGCUCUCUCGGUGCAUCUUGGAAUUGAUCAAAGCUUCGACGCAGAGACAGUUUUAGACGAGGCUCAGCGACUCAUCCUGAAGAACUACCUGGUGUACAACUCGACUAUUCAAAUCGAGCGCUACGCCAGAGAGAUGGACACCUGCAAGAAAUGUCAAACGCCCGUCAGUUAAAUACGUGGGAAGGCUGGAGGAGCAGGCGUUAGUGGUGUCAGCAGUGGUAGGUGUUAUCAGACAAUAGCUAGGAGGCAUUUGCAAGUUAAAUCAGCACAACUUAAAGAAACAGAAGUGUGUGAUUAUGGCGGCAGUACACACACACACACACACACACACACACACACACUUUUCCAUCUCCUUUCCACACUUCCUCUCGCCGUUGUUCAUAUGGAGUUUCGAGUCUCAGUAUCAAAAUUUCGUUUCAUACUAUUCGAGUCUAUUACUUCUUGUUCCAGCACGUUUUCAUUAUAGUUUAUGGCCACAGUAUCACCUAAGGAUUUAUUUUCACAUGUUUUUCCUUGUGCCUUUUUUUUCCCCAUGUAAGUAUAAUAAAUGGUUUGGAUGA